UACCAAGCGUCUCUUUCACGGGUCUCGAUGUGGCUUGUGAAACAGCCAUGAUGGCAUGGCUUAUAAUUAACGACACUGGAAACAAAAGCGACCUUAAGACUUUCAUCGUCACUCGGCACACGUAUACCUACACUGUCACGUUUUGGCAUUUCCUAGAGGCAUUUGUUACGGGACGGCUGGGUGGCGUGGUCCAAAUUGAUGUUGGAGCUGUUUGAAGGAAUAACAAUAUGGGAUAUUGACUUGACUGUUUCAACUGAUAAUCACUUCGGGUAGGAUGCCUUAUACAUGUAAUUCACAGGCAACAAAUAACAAUAGGUUCGUUAAAGAGAGAGAAUGAAGUCUGCUGCAUGUGUUUCAUCUUCCUACGCUGUCCACGGUGAUGCUUUAUGUGGUCGCGUGCCCAGUUCUGCUCCUGCUGCCACUAAGCCGAUAUAAGCAGCGCUUCACCCAUGGUUCAAUACACAAGUUGGAGCCGUAGCUUCCAUUAGGGGCUUUUUUACAUAGGCGGGGGCGAUCCCAUUUGCUUACUUAUACGUUUAACGUCUGGUUUGGGGUUUAUAUAUACCAAGCCCGACAUUUUUUAGCCACGAGACCACUUUCUACUAAGAAUGAGAAAGUUAUGUGGCAAUAUGAAUGAAAGCCCAACGAGAAUGCCAGUAAGCAAUCAAUAAUAUAGUUAUGGUAAUAUAUAAAUCUUGAGCGCAGACUGAUGCUCUCCAUAAACACGUCCUUGCUGUACUUUGGUGCUCACGUGACUCGUGACUCACUCCACGCCUGCUAUAAGCGAGUGACAUAACCAUUCUUCCUUACUCUCCACACGGCACAAACAACUAACCCUUCCUCUCCAUACGCAAGCCUACAUACAUCGUAAGUUGUCUUGAACCCAUCGACUCCGUCCUUGAAUCCAUCGACACCGUCAAUAUGGCACCAUUUAUAACUAUUGAGCUAACCCCUCCCUCAGAGAGCCACAAAAGCAUGUCGCCAUCUGAUUUUAUAACGAGUGACCACGCUAUAGGAGGCUUGAAGAGGAAGCUCCAGAUCGACCAACUUGAUGGGAAGCGAAUACGACUGCUAUCAUCUGUGGAAGAGGACGAGAAGAGUACUGAAUGCACUCGGCAGAGUAUCCCUGUGGUAGUCCCUCUGUCCCCAGUGCUAAAGACCAUCAGUAACAAAAUGGAAGUCUUACAACAGCAAAACGCAGAGCUGAGGGAGAUGAAUCAGCUGUUAAAAAACCAACAUCAAGCAACUCUGGAGAUGAAUAACACGUACCUUGAAAAAGUAACUAUCUUAGAAAAGGAUAUGGAAAGUCAACUACACCAAAGAGCAAACCUCUGCAUCGGAAAUAUGCUUAUCGAGAUCGUGAGAAAAAUAACCCAAAAAGAUACGCCAACGAGUUCGAAGACACUCCCAACUGAUACCCACGAGAUGUCAACCACAAGAUUAAUUCAACGAGCGGCAGCGCUUACUAAUAAAGACUUACAAAAAUCAAAUAUCCCGACCAGGUACUGGAAGACGAUCAGAAAUAUUAAGAAGUAUAUCAUCGCUCGGAAUUCUUCUGCACACGAGUCGUGCGGUGAAUUUGCAAUGAUUCUGAAGAACCCUUCUAUGGAAGCUUAUUAUCUUGAGUGGAGUGGCCUGUUUACAUUCACUUACGAGGAAACUGUCGAGAGUGUUUUUGAAAGGUGUAGCCAGCCUUUCGAGGUCGAGAAGUAAUACUAUAUAUUAUUAAACCAACCUUUAAGUCGAAACGAAGUUAGUUUUUUUUUCCCCUUU